CCCGCACGCCCCGCGCAGGAGAGCCACGGCACCGCUGGCCCCUCCCACUCCGGAGGACACAACGUCAGCCCUGGUUGUACGAUCACACAGUCGCCGCCUUUUUUUUUUACUCCAACAGAUGUCUGAUUGGUCGCCAGCUGACUAGGGGACCGUCCUCUGCCCAAGCCCUCCACCUGCAGCCAUGAAUGGUGCAGCCAGUGUGUGGGCCAUCACUCCGGAGGAGAGGGGCAAACAUGACAAACAGUUUGACUCUCUGGCUCCCGCCCUGGGACAUGUCUCGGGAGAACAAGCCAGGAAGUUCUUCCUCCAGUCCGGUCUGCCUCCUCCUGUUCUGGCAGAGAUCUGGGCCCUGGCUGACUUGGACUGCGAUGGGAAGAUGGAUAGACUCGAGUUCUCCAUUGCCAUGAAGCUCAUUAAACUGAAGCUUCAGGGGCGGGGCCUCCCCACCUCUCUGCCAAUAGUCAUGAAGCAGUCCCCAGCGGCCAACCCCGCCUCCAUCAUGACGUCAUCGUCGCGCUUCGGGAUGGGCUCCAUGCCAAACCUCUCCCUCCUCGUGCCCUCCAUGCCCUCCAUGUCCAUCCUAACCCCCGUCCCGGUGCACCAUCUCCCCCUCAUGCACCACCCCGUCCCCGGCCAACGCCCGAUGAUGCACACCCCUAUGACCCUCCCCCUCAUGUCCUCCCUGGGGAACGCCGGACUGCCCAACGGCCACGCCCACCUGCUCACGCCCUCCCCUGUGCCCAGCAACACAGCACACCCCAUGUCUGGCUUCUCCUCCCCCACGAUGUUCUCUCCGUCUACGGGCAUGUCCCAGGCCAACUCCCUGCUCGACCUGGGCUCAAGCAGUUCCAACUCGUCCUCCACCAACUCCUUGGCCAGUAACUCUCCAAAGACGGUCACUUGUGAUUGGGCGGUUCCUCAGGCCGCCAGACUCAAAUACCGGCAGCAGUUCAACACCCUGGACAAGCUCAUGAGUGGUUACCUGUCAGGACCGCAAGUAAGGAAUGCCCUGUUGGCCUCCAACCUGACGCAGACGCAACUCGCAGCCAUCUGGACGCUGGCAGAUGUGGACCGGGACGGCCAGCUGCGUGCGGAUGAGUUCAUCUUGGCCAUGCACCUGGUGGACAUGGCCAAGACCGGUCACCCACUGCCCCUCUCCCUGCCCCAAGACCUGGUGCCCCCCUCACUCAGGUCAGGGGGAAAGGGCAUUGAGCUGGUGAACGGAACGGGUCCCUACCUGAGUCCCAGCCCCGCCGACCCCACUGAGAUGGACCUGGCAUCCAAGGUGUCCUUCGAGGACAAGCUGAAGGAGAACUUUGCGCGGGGCAGCGCCGAGCUGGAGAAGCGGCGGCUGGCGUUGGAGGAGGAGCGGCGGCGGGAGCGGGAGCGCCGCGACCGGGAGCAGAGGGAGGCGCAGGAGAGGCGGGAGCGGGAGGCCCGCGAGCAGGAGAACCGGCGGCGGCUGGAGGAGGAGCGGCGGCUGGAGAGGCAGAGGGAGAUGGAGAGGCAGCGCGAGGAGGAGCGGCUCCGGGAGCUGGAGAGGAAGGAGGAGCUGGAACGUCAGCGCAAGGAGGCGUGGGAGCGGGGGAGACGGGAGGAGUUGUCGCGGCGGAAGGAGGGAGACCAGGAGGAGAUCGUCCAGCUGAAGGCGCGCAAGAAGUGUUUGGAGAUCGAGCUGGAGGCCGUGGGCAGCAAGCACAAGCAGAUCUCGGACCGUCUCCGCGACGCCCAGAGCAAGAGGAGGAUCCAGAAGUCGGAGUUGGACCUCAUCAACCAGAAGAGGGACGUGCGCAUCGCCGAGAUCAACACCCUGCAGGUUCAGUUUGAGGACUGGCAGAGGAAGCUGUCCCAGCUGGUCCCAGAACAGCAGAGGCUGACGGAGCGUCUGCGCUGCAUUGGGCUCAACAACCUCCCCUCCGUGACCCUGGCCACGCUGGGCGACAGCGUGACGGAGAAGGGGGUGACCUGCCGUCGCCUGAAGGACCAGCUGGACACGCUGGAGCGGGAGACGGCGGAUAAACUGGGACAGAUGGAGCAGUACAACAAGGAGCUCAAGUUUGGGGACAUGGAUGAUUGCCUCCUACGGUCUCUGCUCUCCCUGCUGACCUGUCUCAGCCAGCUUUUUCUCCUCAUCAAGGAGCUGAGGGAGAAGCAAGUGGCCCAGCAGGCCUCGCUGGACGACUUGUGCCGAGUCAAGGAGCAGAAGCAGAGGGAGCUGCAGAGGCGCCGUGAGGAGGAGGGCGAGAGGAAGAGGAGGGAGGAAGAGGAGGCAGCCAGACAGGCCAGACUGGAGCAGGAGCGGCUGGAGCAGGAGCGCAGGGAGCAGGCGCGACGGGACAGGGAGGAGGAGGAGGCGGAGCGGCAGAGGAGGCUCCUGGAGGAGCAGAGGGCCAAGCAGCGGGAGGAGGAGGAGAGGGAGGCCCAGGCCCGCCUCCGGGCCGCCCAGGAGAAGGCCCAGGAGGAGGAGAGGAGGCGGCGGGAGCAUGAGGAGGAGGAGGAGAAGAGGAGACAAAAGGAGGAGGAGGAGGAGAGAAGGCGGCGAGAGAAGGAGGAGAAGGAGGCGAAGGAGGAGCAGGAGAGGAGACGCAAGGAGGAGGAGCAGGAGCGACGGCGGGAGGUGGAGGCGGCGGAGGAGGAGAAGAGGAGGAAGGAAGAGGAGAGGAUGCAGAAGGAGGAGGAGCGGAGGAGGAGGGAGCAGCAGCAGAAGGAGGCGGGGGGAGGUGGAGCGUCCGUGGCGGUGAUGACCCUCUACAGAGCGCUCUACCCGUUCGUGGCCCGCAACGCAGACGAGCUCAGCCUGGAGGGCAGCUGCCUCAUCGAGGUGGAUGAGGCCACCGUGGGUGAGCCCGGCUGGCUGUGCGGGAGUUACCGCGGAAACCGGGGCUGGUUCCCCCAGAGUUAUGCGGAGAGAUGUGCCGCUUCCUCCGCCUCCAGCACCACCACCAACACCUCCAGCGAGGCAGCACCGCCUGCAUCCCAGGCGGGUCCGCUACCCUCUAGCGUUGCUCCGCCGUCAGCUGCCAGCGGGCUUGCAGAGGGAGCGACGGCGGAGGCAGGCCCCAGCCGCGUCGGCCCUCCGGUCCCGCAGCCGUCACAUGUAGGAGAACAUUUGCACGGGGCUCCUCUGCGGGCUCGGGCGGUGACGUCGUGGUCGUCCUCCUCCUCCGACGCCCAGCCCGACCCCUCCACCCGCGGCGGCGGCGGCGGCGAUAGCAUCACGGCGCUGCUGAGCUUCUCCCAGGGCGACGUCAUCAGCGUGCUGCAGCAGAGGGAGGACUGGUGGCUCGGACAGCUCGCCGGAACUCAGGGAUGGUUCCCUAAAGAUUACGUCACUCUGGAGCCAGAUAACACCGACGCGGAGGGCUCCGACACUUUAGAUUCUGUUCAGCUGGAGGACUUUGUGGCCCUGUAUACCUACGAGAGCCCGGAGGCCGGCGACCUGACGUUUGACGAGGGGGACGUUGUCAUGGUGACGGAGCGCGAGGGGGAGUGGUGGAGGGGCUGCAUCGGGGACCGUGCCGGUGUGUUCCCCUCAAACUACGUCAGGCCCGUGGAGCCGGAGAUUUCAAGACCCGGAGGCCCAGUCAAAAAACCUGAGAUUGCCCAGGCGCUGGUCAACACUGUUGCCCCAACGGCUCAGCAGCUCAGUCUGUCGCCAGGGCAACUGAUCGUGGUUCUGGCCAAGAACUCCACCGGCUGGUGGCUCGGGGAACUGCAGGCCAGAGGUAAGAAGCGACAGAGAGGUUGGUUCCAUUCCUCCAACGUUAAACUGCUGGGCCCCACCAGCGGCAAGUCUACUCCUUCUCCUCUGCCAGUGUGCCAGGUCAUCACCAUGUAUGACUACACGGCGGCCAAUCAGGACGAGCUCAGCUUCUCCAAGGGUCAGCUGAUCAGCGUCCUGGACAAGACCAACCCUGAUUGGUGGAAGGGGGAGGUCAACGGUGUCACCGGCCUGCUGCCGACCAAUUACGUGAAGAUGACGACCGAGUCUGACCCCAGCCAGCAAUGGUGUGCUGACCUGAUGAGCUUGGACAGCAUGACCCCCCAGGAGAGAAAGAGGCAGGGCUACAUCCACGAGCUGAUCCAGACCGAGGAGACCUACGUAGAGGACCUGGAGCUGGUGCUUGAGGUGUUCCAUAAGCCCAUGUCCGAGUCGGGCCGUCUGACCCCCACAGAGAUGGGGACCAUCUUCGUCAACUGGAGGGAGCUGAUCAUGUGCAACACCAAACUACUGAAGGCCCUGCGCGUGCGUAAGAAGACGGGCGGGGAGAACAUGGCGGUGCAGGUGAUCGGAGACCUGCUGGCCGCGGAGCUGGCCCACAUGCAGCCCUACAUCCGCUUCUGCUCCUGCCAGCUCAACGCCGCCGCCCUGCUGCAGAGGAGGACCAACUCCGAGCCCGACUUCAAGGACUUCCUCAAGAAGAUAGCCACUAACUACCGCUGCAAAGGGAUGCCCUUGUCCAGCUUCCUGUUGAAGCCCAUGCAGAGGAUCACACGCUACCCUCUUCUCAUAAAGAAUAUCCUGGAGAACACCCCUGAGGGCCACGUGGACCGGGGGUCCCUGCGGGAGGCCCUGGAGCGGGCGGAGGAGCUGUGCUCGCAGGUCAACGAGGGGGUCAGGGAGAAGGAGAACUCUGAUAGGCUGGAGUGGAUCCAGAGCCACGUCCAGUGUGACGGCCUCAUAGAGCACCUGGUGUUCAACUCGCUCACCAACUGUCUGGGGCCGCGCAAGCUGCUACACAGCGGGCGUCUGCACAAGACGCGGGGCGGCCGCGAGCUCUGGGUCUUCCUCUUCAACGACUUCCUCCUCCUCACCCACAGCCCGGCCAAGUCCUUCUCCUCGUCCUCCUCUUCCUCCCUGGGCGCGGACCGGCUCUUUAGCCACAAGGCCAACGUGCAGCUCAAGAUGUACAAGACGCCUCUGUUCCUGAACGAGGUUCUGGUGAAGAACCCCCCGGACCCGUCCAGUGACGAACCGCUCUUCCACAUAUCACACAUCGACCGCGUGUACACACUCAAGGCGGACACCCUGAACGAGAGGACGACCUGGGUCCAGAGAAUCAAAGCAGCGUCCGAAGUGUUCAUUGAGACGGAGAAGAAGAAGAGAGAGAAGGCGUACCAAGCGCGUUCUCUGAAGACCAGCGGCAUCGGACGUCUCCUGGUCACCGUCACGGAGGCCCAAGAGCUCAAGGCCUGCAAGCCCAACGGUAAAAGCAACCCGUACUGCGAGCUCACCAUGGGGGCCCAGUGCUACACGUCCCGGCCGCUCGGCGACACGCUCAACCCCAAGUGGAACUUCAACUGCCAGUUCUUCGUCCGGGAUUUCUACCAGGACGUCCUGUGCAUCACAGUGUUCGAGAAGGACCAGUUCUCCCCCGACGAUUUCCUGGGGCGCACGGAGGUUCCCGUGGCAACCAUAAAGAAGGAGAUGGAGAGCAAGGGCGCGGCGACCCGCCGCCUGCUGCUGCACGAGGUGCCGACCGGAGAGGUGCUGGUCAAGCUGGACCUGCAGCUCUACGAGCAGACCGCGUGAAACAUGGGCCCCCUCGCUCACACACAACACACACACAAAGACCCACGAGCUGACGCACAGAUGCACACACUAAAAGACGCACGCGCUAACACACAGAAUCAAAGACGCACACACAAACACACAGACGCACACGCUAACACACAGACACACACGCUAGCACACAGACGCGCAGAAACAAAGACGCACACGCUAACACACAGAAGCACACACACACACGCUCACACACACACACAGACACAAAGACGCACACACAUAGACGAACAUAUAGAUUUAUGUCCUGUAGAAAAAUAUUAACAGACAAGGAUAUCGAUUUAUUACCUUGCACACACACACACAUACAUAAAGUGCCUUCUUCUUCCCAAUGUACGUAGUACCAUUCUCCAGGAUUGUUCUCAUAUGUUGCCAUAUACUGCCCUGAGCCAAGGUUACCAGUGUUGAGGCCACUCACACAGCGAUAACAGAAAAACCUAUAAAGGUUUUAAAUAACAAAAUACCUUAUUUUAUUGUAAUUUCUUUUCUUUAAUUUAUUUCAUUUUUUGUUGGCGAACAUCCCGCAAAUUUUGGAUUUUGGAUGGUUUUUGGAAGGUCGGUGAUAGAGAAGUGAUUCACUUUAUUAACUCAAUGUCCAUGGCUGGAGGGUUUACAGUCUAAUAACCAUUUACUGCCAUCGAAGAAUCAUGUUUGGUAAGAAGAACACCCAUAAUCGACUUUGAGCAUUGGGUUCUUUAAAUAUAGAUCUGUGGCACCGUUUUUAUUCUAAUAUAUUCUAAUGCAAAUGUAACCAAUUUGAACUGUUGCACACUACUGUACAAUAGGAUGUCUCGGGCCACGAAGCCUCCUAUUCGAGGCCUGAAUGAGGCGUAAAUAAAACUUACAUUGAAAAAAGA